AUGGACGUUAUGAGCAGUGUCACUGGAGAAAAUGAGAUUACCGCAGAUGCCAUGGAGGUGGACGAGGGGACAGUAACGACCGUUGAGCCGCCUGGUGAGAAUGAAGAAGUGGACGGCAGUAGAAAAAACAUCGCAGAGCAAUUAAGGAAGGUCUCUCCACAUUUACCUAUCUCCAAAUUGAAAAAAAUAGCAAGGAGCGAUCCCGAAUACAUUCUGACCUCCAGCAGUGCGUUUGUGGCGGCAGCUUUCGCAACUGAACUGUUUGUGCAAUCAAUUACGGAAGAAAUGUUGGCGCUCUCACAUUUAUCGAGCAAGAACGUCAACGGGAAGAACACAAGGCUCACAUACGAAAGUAUGUCCGAAUGUGUUUCAAGAAAGGAGAACUACCAGUUUUUAGAAGAUGUGAUUCCAAAGACCAAGAACCUGAGGAAUCUUGUGAAACAGAACAGAGUAAGAUACGCAGCCACUGCUGAAGGGCAAUCGACUCUGCCGUUUGGUAACGACAAACCAUUUGCUGAGAAUGCAGGAGAAUCUUUUAAUGAAGAGAGAGAUCGUGAUGAUGCUGAAGAAGAUGCUGGCGACGAGGACGCGGAUGGCUCAGACGAAUACGACGCUGAGAACGAUAGUGAGGAGAAGGAAGAUGGAGAAGUGCUAGCACAGUUGAGAGAGAUCGAGGAAUUAAAUAGAGUGCAGGAUAUCGACGAGGACCAGGACCAGGGCCAACAGGGCGAAGAUCACUCUGAUGGUGAUAACUAG